UCAUCAGUUUCUUCCUCACUCACUCUUCCUUCGUAUUGCAUUACAUUUCAUUGCAUCCCUCCAAAACCCUUUUCCUAUCUCAAUAAUCCCUACCCUUUCUCCCUUCCUUCUUUCUUAGUUCCCUCAAUUCCCAUUCAUUCUCAUAAUCGCUUCCCUCUCUCCGCACAAUUUCUUCAAUUUUAGGGUUAGGGAUUUCUUCUUUUACUUUUUUUUUUUUUUUUUUAUCUAUCUCGAGACUCCCUCACCCACUGGGUGCAGACGUGGGGGCACCGUCGCCACUUCUCAUUCAAUGGAGGCCGCUGUCGCCGCCGCUCGCGGUGCCUCUCUCCAGAUGCCGCCUCCGUCCCGGAAAGAAUGGCGCGCUGUUGCAGAGCAUCAUCAUUCUGCGCGAAACCCCGAGGAUGAGGAGUUAGAAAACCUAAAAAUAGGACAAUCAGACGAGAGAACCAUAUAUGAGGUGCAGCAAGGAAGAGAGCCUCUUGAUGUCGAUUUUUGUUCAAUAACAGUGGAUGGAACAUUAGACAAUGAUAUUUUGCAGCAACAGAUGCAUAGUGUUGUUAGACAAAGACAGGAGAUACUGCAAAUGGAGAUUGACCUAAAAGCUCAAAUGAUUGCCAGAACCGAGAUAAUGGAAAUGCAAAACACCUUUGAUGCUCAACUCAAGGAGCAUGCUAACAAUGCCAGCAAGCUUCAGGAGCAACUUUGUGAAAGGGAGCACACAAUUCAUGAACUGGAAAGGAAAAUAGAAGAGAAAGACAGAGAACUGCAUUCUAUUAAAUUAGACAAUGAAGCGGCGUGGGCUAAACAAGACCUUCUACGUGAGCAAAACAAAGAACUAGCAACUUUCAGAAGGGAGCGUGACCAUUCUGAAGCAGAAAGAGCUCAGCAUAUAAAACAAAUACAUGAUCUGCAAGAACAUAUUCAAGAAAAAGAUAGGCAGCUUAUUGACUUGCAGGAACAACAACGGGUUACUCAGGAGACCAUUAUGUUUAAAGAUGAGCAGUUCAGAGAGGCCCAAGCCUGGAUAGCUCGUGUUCGAGAGGUGGACGCUUUCCAAUCAACAGCAAACCAGUCAUUACAGGCUGAAUUGCGAGAGCGCACAGAGCAAUAUAACCAGCUCUGGAUGGGUUUUCAGAGACAGUUUGCAGAGAUGGAGAGACUUCAUUUGCAUGCUAUUCAACAACUGCAGCUUGAGCUGGCUGAUGCGAGAGAGAGGAAUGGAACUUAUAAUGAUGAUUCACGAAUGUCCCAAAUGAAUUCAAAAAAUAAUCUAACUCAGUUUGUACAGGAAAAUGGAAACCAAUUUGACUUAAAUGGAGGCAAUGCAUCAGGUGGAAGUAAUGGUCUCCUUCCAAAUGAUAGCUCGGACAAUGUUCCACCAUUUGCAUCUGCUGGCAAUGCCUCAAUCCAG